CGCCCCCACCGCCUCAGUCACAGCCAAAGCCGCCGCCGCCGCAGCCUUCUCAGACGCGCGAGGCGUUUGAACGGACCGGAAGUCGUAGUUUAACGACUUCCGGCAGUUGGGCUCGGAGGAGUCAGGAGUGCCGGGAAUGGCGACCAAGAAGCUUGCGCGGCAGCUUGGAUUAAUUAGAAAAAAGUCAGUUGCACCAGCAAAUGGAAAUCUAGGAAGAAGCAAAUCCAAGCAGUUGUUUGACUACUUAAUUGUCAUUGAUUUUGAGUCAACAUGUUGGAAUGAUGGGAAACGCCACCAGAGCCAAGAAAUAAUUGAAUUUCCAGCUGUAUUGCUGAACACAUCAACUGGGGAGAUUGAAUCUGAGUUCCAUGCUUAUGUUCAGCCUCAAGAACAUCCAAUUCUUUCUGAAUUUUGCAUGGAACUAACAGGCAUAAAACAGGCUCAAGUAGAUGAAGGAGUCCCUCUGAGGAUUUGCUUAUCUCAAUUCUGUAAAUGGGUUCAGAAGAUUCAGCAACAGAAGAAAAUUAUUUUUGCUACUGGGAUUUCAGAUCUGCCUAAUUCCGAAGUAAAAUUAUGUGCAUUUGUUACUUGGUCAGACUGGGACCUGGGGGUUUGCCUGGAGUAUGAGUGUAAAAGAAAACAGCUGAUAAAACCCAUGUUCUUAAAUUCUUGGAUUGAUCUCAGAGUAACUUACAAGAUUUUCUAUAGAAGAAAACCAAAAGGGCUGAGUGGUGCCCUGCAGGAAGUGGGAAUAGAAUUCUUAGGACGAGAACAUUCUGGGUUGGAUGAUUCUCGGAAUACUGCUCUGCUUGCUUGGAAAAUGAUCAGGGAUGGUUGCUUAAUGAAAAUUACAAGGUCCUUGAACAAGGUUCCCACUAAGAAGAAUUCCAGCGUUUUCACCAGAAAUUUGAAUAUGAAUCAAGUUGAAGAAAGGUCAGCAUGCAACAGUAGCAUUCAGGGUCUGAGCAUAUAUGAUAGGGAGCCUAAAAAUACAGUAAAUUCUCAUGAAAAAGUUCAAAUGAGGUCAGUUGGUGUAAAUUCUCCUAUAAAGGUACAGCAAGAUCAGUUCCAACUAAAAAACAAUGUAAAAGCAGCUCUUCAUAAUGCCAAAAGCUAUUUAUCUCUUUUUAAUACAAAGUCCUCUACUUCUGUGGAGCAGUUGCCAUCUGCCAGCUUGAAUACACCUAUGCAGAAGCACAUAAGAAACGAACACCUUGCAUUUAGUACCAAAUCUAAGUCUUCAGCAAUUGGUUCAGAAUUGGUACUUGUAUCAACUACCAUUUCAUCUGUUAAUCAUGUUUCUGAUACGGAAAUGAGUUCUGCUCUUGAUUGUUUACCUAUGUUGGCUGAUUGGGAGGAUGUAGCUUUACUGCCAGCAUCUCAGCCUGAGCAAGGUAUAGAUUGUAUGCCUUCCAUUAGUGACUCAAACCUAGAUACUUCAUUUAAUUCUAUAGAAAGAUUAAUGGUUUUAAAAGAAGGCACAGAAGAAACCCCUCAAAAAUCUGGGACCUCUAAGUCUGUCGUAUAUAAGAGUCCACAUACUACUAUUUAUCAUGUGGAAGAAGCCAAAGAUCCAGAUUCAGAUGUUUCUGACUUUAAAUUACCUGAAUGCAAAUCAAGUAGCUUCAACAGUGUUAAUGCCACUAUGUCUCAUCCUUCAGUUUUGGGGAAAUACCCCCACCUUUCAGGUAGUACUAAAAGAAAUCUAUCCAGUCCUCUAUCUUUCCCGCCAGCAAAAAAACAGACCCUCAUUGUUCAUGAAGAAAAAUCUACAUCAUCUGAUUGCUCCCCAGUGAGAAAUUGUCCCCGGAAGGUCCUCCCCUCUAUCUUAGCUUCUACAGUUAACCUACAAGAGCCUUGGAAGAGUGGGAAAAUGACACCUCCUUUAUGCAAGUGUGGCCGAAGAUCUAAGAGACUUGUUGUUUCUAAUAAUGGACCAAACCAUGGGAAAGUUUUCUAUUGUUGUCCAGUUGGGAAAUACCAAGAAAACAGAAAGUGUUGUGGUUAUUUCAAAUGGGAACAAACACUUCAAAAGGAAAGAGCCAACAGCAGAGUUCUGUCUCAUUCUCCAAAGGGACUCACUUUUAGUUCCCCAGAAGUAAGCCAUAUAUGUAACAGAAAUGUAAAUUUUUCUAAAAAUUCAUUGAGACUCAGACCUUCAAUGAGGAAUUGAUAAACUUUCUCUACAUUGAAACU